UUAGUGACAAUUAAAAGUACAAAAAAUAACAAGGUUUUGCAAGUUAACUAUUUAGAUUUAAUUAAUAUUGAAAAUUAAUACUAUGGAAAUGGAAGGCAAUAAAGCGAAGAAAAAGCCUACAAAAAUGGAGGAUAUGACUAAAGAACAAAUACGAAAGGCAAUUCUUAAGAAACGAGAAUGCAACGCUAAAGCGCAGAAUAUUGUGGAGAGUUUAUUAGAAAAAUGCAUCAGCGAGGAGUUUUUUCUCAAAUGUCUACCAGACAUAAAUCAAGCGCACCUGGAAGAUAUUAUAGAAGAGCGGUCCAUUAUAAGUCUUUGUGGUUAUCCUUUAUGUCAGAAAACCAUCACGGAACAAGAUAUACCGAAACAGAAGUACAGAAUUUCGAUGAAAACAAACAAGGUUUAUGAUAUAACAGCACGUAAGAGCUUCUGUAGCAAUGCUUGUUACAAGUCUGCUAUGUACAUUAAGAAACAGAUGCUAACCAGUCCAUUAUGGUUCCGAGAGUAUGAAGACAUACCAAAGUUUCAUUUAUUGCCCUUAGACGUAGUGGGAAGCUUAGGGCAAGAAGUUGAUUUAGGUUUAAUAGAGAGAAUAGAUAUAAAAUCUGAAUUGAAAUCAUUCACUUCAAUCAAUGACUUCACACAAGCUGGAUUAAGUGAAUUGCAAAGUAAUGAAGACAACUCAAAAUGUGAUGCUAAUGAUAAUAAUGUUAUAAAUGCAAAUAGAAAGGACAAAUCUGAGAAGCAGGUUUGUGAAGAUAAUUCUAAUGCAGUAUCUAGUUUAUCAAAAAAUCUAGUAUCUCAAAAAGAUUCAAAUAUUACUGGAAAAUCAAAUGUAGAGUUAAAUUUAAAUUCAGAUAAAGCUGAAAAAAAUAUGCCUGAAUCAAAUAUAGAUAAGAAACCUGUCCCAAAUCCACUAAAUAUAGUUGGCGAAAUAAUAGAAAAGCCUGAGAGAAAAAUAGAUCCAAUUCUUUUAGAAGGCCCAAAAAUAAAAAAUGCUAAUAUAGAUAAAAAGAAAGACAAAACAAAAUCCCUUGCAUCUAAAAUAUUAUCUAAAAAGCAACCCUCUAUAACAGCAAUUACAAUUGAAGUGGAGAAGUGUCUAGCCGAAUGGUUUACUUUGGACACUUUGCUGUUUCUGUUUGGAGAAGAGAAAGUGAAAGAAAUUGUUGCUGACAAAGGAGAAUUUAUAAAAGACUACCUGAACAAUCAUACACAAAGUAUAUUCUACAAAUCAAAUUCAUACGACCAGUACCAAGCAUUGUGCCGUAAACUCAACAUGCUCGAAUUAGAGGACAAACGGCAUGACGCGCAAACAUUGGCAAAAGAGAUGAAACCUUUACCCGAUUACACAAUGCUAAAAGAGGAAAGCAAAAAUAUGCAAUUAAAAGUAAAGGCAUUUUUUGCUGGCGAAACUGCAAUACCUGAAGUGGAAAAUGUUGAAAUAACCAAGAUCACAGAAGAAGACAACGUCACUCAGCUACCAUUGGUAGAUAAGAAUGCGCAAAAUGCAUUACGUAGAAGAAUAGUGUGCCAACAUUUGAAUAAAGUGUUACCAGAUUUAUUAAGAUCAUUGGGAUUAUUGACAUUAAGUAUUAGCUCUGACGUCAGACUGCUUGUUAACACAUUCCAAUUGCAGCCAAAUAAUAUAAUGUUUAAGCCAGUACAGUGGACGAUGAUAGCCAUUGUUUUUAUAAAAUUGUUGUCGCUCAGAGAUGGUCGAUUAGACUAUUUACUGAAGCAACCAAUGGCAUUUCAACACCUACAACUGCUGCUUUUGAGUUAUAAACAGGAUGGAGGGUACUUGGACAGAUUAAUAUCAUGGUUAACGGACAUUGACAGGCUGUUAGACGUGAGUGAUAAACAGUUGACUAUUGAAUAGUGUUUUAAAUGCAUUCGUACUGAACACUAUAUAGCAUUCUGAUGUGAUAUGAAGCUAUCUUUGGGCUAGCUAUUAUAAUAAAUUUAUAUAUUUUUA